AUGAGUGAGCAGGUUUUGGUAACUCAGAAUGCCUUUUGAGUGACAUUUUCUUGGACAGCCAGCCUAUACUCAAAAGUUCACCCUCACUGGUCACACAAAGGCCGUGUCUUCAUUGAAAUUCAGCGAAUGCGGCCAGUGGCUAGCAAGUUCCUGUAAGCCCUCAACCCACUUUUUACCCAACCCUUCCACUUGCAGCCGCCGACAAAUUAUUGAAGAUUUGGAGCUCCCAGGAUGGGAAAUUUGAGAAGACUAUCACUGGCCAUAAGCUGGUAAGUGUAUACUUCCCUAGGCCCUCAGUGCUUUUUCUCUGUAGGGCAUAUCGGAUGUCGCCUGGUCCGCGGACUCUCGCUUCCUCUGCAGUGCAUCCGAUGAUAAGACAUUAAAGCUCUGGGACUUUGCAACAGGCCAGUGUCUGAAAACUCUGAAGGGCCACAGUAAUUAUGUCUUUUGCUGCAACUUUAAUCCCCAGUCGAAUCUCAUCGUAUCCGGCUCCGUAUGUUGCCUUCUUUUACGUUGGUCUAAUUUAUUGUUUAAAAGUUUGAUGAGAGCGUCAAGUUGUGGGACGUUAAGACGGGUAGAUGUAUCCGGACUCUGCCUGCCCAUUCUGAUCCAGUCACGGCCGUAUGUUUUUUUUCGAUAACUUAACUUUCCCCCCUCCUUAGGUCCAUUUUAAUAGGGAUGGCGCCUUGAUUGCAUCCUGCAGCUACGACGGUUUGUGGUAAGUUUUCCUCCACAGUUCACCUAAUUGGUUCAGCCGAAUUUGGGAUACGGCCUCAGGUCAAUGCUUAAAAACCCUAAUCGGUGGGUAAAUUUGCAUUUUAUUUAAUGUAUUCAGACGAGGACAACCCUCCAGUCUCCUUUGUAAAAUUUUCUCCCAACGGAAAGUAUAUUCUUGCCGCCAAUCUGGAUAGGUGGGGUUUGAUUGUAUGCCUUCAUGCAGCUGCAUCUCUUACAGCACCCUGAAACUGUGGGACUACAGCAAGGGCCGCUGCCUUAAGAUGUACAAAGGUCAUGUAAAUGAGAAGUACUGUAUUUUUGCCAACUUCUCGGUAACCGGUGGAAAGGUCAGUUUCGUUUUCCGAUUACUCUCCAUUCCUUCUCCCCCCGGGUAGUGGGUCGUGUCAGGCUCUGAAGAUCAUAAAAUCUACAUUUGGGAUCUGCAGACAAAAGAAGUCGUGCAAAAACUGGAGGGCCACACAGGUACGUCGUCCAUUUUAGUGCUGAUGUCCUCUCUUUGCAGAUGUUGUCCUGUGUACCGCCUGCCAUCCCCACCAGAACAUGAUUGCAUCCGGUUCCCUUGAGGGCGACAAGACUAUCCGACUUUGGACGAGUGAAACCUGA